AUGUGGGCACCGGCUCAGCCAGGAACCUCGCGGGUUGCUGUGGCGGAGCCGCAGCAGCUCUGGGUGCAGGAGGCAGUAGAUUCUCCAGGUGAAGAGUCUAGAGAGGGAAAAUACUGGAAGAUGCAGGGCCUCAUGUUCCGGUGCAGCACUGGCUGUUGCGCAGACAGCCAGGCGUCCAUGCAGCAAGUGCACCAGUGCAUUAAGCACUGCCAUGCAUCUCUGGCUCAAGCCCAGGCCCUGGUGACCAGCAAGCUGGAGAAGUUCCAGGACCGCCUGGCCCGGUGCACUAUGUACUGCAGUGACAAGGCCAAAGAUUCAAUAGAUGUGGGGAGUAAGGAGUUUCAGGUGAAGCGGCGGCUGGAGACCUGCGUGACCAAGUGUGUGGAUGACCACGUGAACCUCAUCCCAGCCAUGAGCAGGAAGAUGAAGGAAUCUCUCAUUCAUUGGGAAAUAGCUGUCUGCUAG